AUGGUCGACGUCCGGUCCAAGAACCUCUACGAGCUGCUCGGUAACGACCCUGAGCUCGACCCCAGCCGUCCUCCCGCGCCUCCCGCUCGCGCUGUUGACCGUCCCGCUGCCCGUAUCGGAAAGCGUGAUGCCCCCAAGGAAGCUCCCGCUGCUCCCACCACCGCUCCCCGCGGUGACAACAAUGGCCGUCGUGGUGGCCGUGUGAAUGCCGGCAAUGAUGCUGCUUUCCGUGACCGCAACGCUGGUCGCACCAACAACCGCUCCAAGCCCACCGACGGUGAGACUGAGCAGACCUCCCGCCCUCGUGGUGGCCGCGGCCGUGGUGACCGCCAGUCCCGCACCGGUCAGACUGACACCCGCAAGCAAGUCCAGCAGGGCUGGGGUGGCGAAUCUGGCGAGAAGACCUGGGACGACGAGCGCGUUGGCGAGAACAUCGCCAAGGAAGACGAGAAGGAGCCCCAGACUCCCGCCGAAGACGUCGAAGAGGCUGACAAGUCCAAGUCCUACGAUGACUUCCUUGCCGAGAAGGCCCAGAAGGAGAGCCUUGCUGCCAAGCCCGUCCGCUCCGCCAACGAGGGUGUCAAGGCCGACAAGAAGUGGGCUUCUGGCACUGAGUUGAAGCGUGCCGAGGAAGAGGCCUUCAUCCAGGGUACCGCUGAGAAGAAGCAGCGCGAGAAGCAGCGCAAGGAGAAGAACUUCGUCGACGUUGACCUCCGCUACGUCGAGCCUCCCCGCAGCGCUCCCACCGGCGGCCGUGGUGGCCGUGGCGAUCGUGCCCCCCGCGGUGCUCCCCGUGGCGAGCGUGGUGACCGUGCUCCUCGCGGCGACCGCGCUCCUCGUGGUGACCGCGCUCCCCGUGGCGCUCCUCGUGGCGGUGCUCCCCGCGGUGGUGCCCCCCGUGCUUCCGCCGCUGGCCCUACCGUCGAUGAGAAGAACUUCCCGAGCCUGGGUGGUAACUAA